AAUUUCCUUAACAGCUGUGUUACUAGCUUACUAGAUGAAGUGAUUCACUUAACAGCUGUGGCAAGAAAGGUGGUAAAAUGGGGAAAAACUCACUUAACAAAAGUCUUGCUUAACAACAGACAUGUUGGGCUCAGUUGCGGUCGCAGGUUGAGGACUCUCUGUGCAGAAGAGCAACUAAUCUAGCUCAGUGAUAUGUUGGAGCAUCAGAAGAGACUGUUGCUCCUCCGUGAGGCCUGAUGCCAACCGGGCCCAGAUCUGCCCUUUGCCGGUGGGCUUUUCCUUCUCCCCAGGGGCCCCUCCCUCACCUCCGUGCUCCCUUUCUCUCCACAGCCAGGGAGACGGACACUCCUUCCCCAUCCGAGCCCAGAGCGAAGCCCGGAAUCCCCUGCUGGCAAACGAGGAGCAGUGGGAGGAAGAGGGGAUGGAAGACGGCCACCAGCACAAUUACCAGUCACGGACUUCUCUUUCCAUCGAAAUGGAGACGUAGCAGCUUUGAAGAGCUGAGUUGCGCAACUCAUGAGCUCUGCAAUAAAAAAGGGAAAAUGAAAGAAAGAACCUCUUCCAGACAACUUUGCACCUGGCAUAAUACAGAGUCAGCCUUCUGUCAUGGUGAAGAAGCUGACCUAGAGGUUCUACCGAUUUUAAAUCGACCCACAUGGCACAGCUCAGGGAAAUGCUAUUCAAGGCAACUAUUAGAUGCUGCAAAGCAUCUGCAGGGGUGGCCUCAGAGAGACAAAAGAACCUGUUGGCAUGGGCAUGCCGGGGGAGGCCUCCAUUCAGACCCGAAGAAUGCGUUGAAAGAAAUACAUGGUGGAAAGAUCCUCAGAGCAAUGCUUUCGUAUGUCUGGCCCAAAGACCGGCCUGAUCUUCGUGCCAGAGUUGCCCUAUCGUUGGGAUUUUUAGCAGGUGCAAAGGCUAUGAACAUAGUGGUUCCCUUCAUGUUUAAAUAUGCAGUAGACAACCUCAACCAGCUGUCUGGAAAUGUUCUGAACCUGAGUGAUGCACCCAAUACAGUUGCAACCAUGGCAACAGCUGUUCUGAUUGGAUACGGCACCUCACGAGCGGGUGCAGCGUUGUUUAACGAAGCCAGAAACGCUGUCUUUGGGAAAGUGGCCCAGAGUUCCAUCAGGAGGAUAGCCAGAAAUGUCUUCCUCCACUUGCAUCAGCUGGACCUGGGCUUCCAUCUGAGUCGGCAAACUGGAGCGUUGUCCAAAGCCAUCGAUCGAGGCACCCGCGGCAUCAGCUUUGUGCUCAGUGCCCUGGUGUUUAAUCUGGGCCCCACCUUGUUUGAAGUUGCCCUCGUGAGUGGGAUUUUGUAUUAUAAAUGUGGUGCGCAUUUUGCACUCGUAACCUUGGGGACAUUAGGAGCAUACACGGCAUUCACAAUAGGACUUACGCAGUGGAGAACUAAAUUUAGGAUCGAAAUGAACAAAGCAGAUAACGAUGCGGGGAAUGCUGCCAUUGACUCUCUGCUGAAUUAUGAAACUGUGAAGUACUUCAAUAAUGAAAAUUAUGAAGCCCAACGGUAUGAUGGAUUUUUGAAGACCUAUGAAAAUGCCUCAUUGAAAACUACCUCAACUUUGGCUCUUCUUAAUUUUGGACAAAGCGCGAUAUUCAGCAUUGGAUUGACAGCCAUCAUGGUGAUGACCAGCAAGGGAAUUGUUGCAGGUAAUUUAACUGUUGGCGAUCUGGUCAUGGUGAACGGAUUGCUGUUCCAGAUUUCCUUACCCCUUAACUUCCUGGGGACGGUAUAUAGAGAGACGAGGCAAGCGCUCAUAGACAUGAACUUAUUGUUUACGCUGCUUAGCAUAGACACUAAAAUCAAAGAUAAAGAGCUGGCUCCACCCCUGCAGAUCACCCCACAGACUGCUACCAUCGCCUUUGAUAACGUGCAUUUUGAAUACCUUGAGGGGCAGAAAGUCCUCAGUGGCGUCUCUUUUGAAGUCCCUGCAGGAAGAAAAGUGGCCAUUGUAGGAGGCAGUGGGUCAGGGAAAAGCACAAUUAUGAGAUUAUUAUUUCGCUUCUAUGAGCCUCAGAAGGGAGAAAUUUAUGUUGCUGGCAAGAACAUACAAAGCAUCAGUUUGGAAAGCCUGCGGAAGGCUUUAGGAGUUGUGCCACAGGAUGCUGUUCUCUUCCACAACACCAUCUUCUACAACCUGCAGUAUGGCAAUAUCAAUGCCUCCGCGGAAGACAUCUACGCGGUGGCAAAGCUAGCAGGAAUUCACGAUGCCAUUCUCAGAAUGCCCAAUGGGUACAACACCCAAGUAGGCGAGCGAGGUCUGAAACUGUCAGGAGGCGAAAAGCAGAGGAUUGCAAUAGCCAGAGCCAUCUUGAAGAAUCCUCCCAUUAUUCUCUAUGACGAAGCCACAUCAUCCUUAGAUUCCAUUACAGAAGAGAACAUCUUGAAUGCCAUGAGAGACAUCGUAAGGCACAGAACAUCCAUCUUCAUUGCACACCGGUUGUCAACAGUGGUUGAUGCUGAUGAAAUAAUCGUCCUGGAUCAGGGCAAAGUUGCAGAGCGUGGCAAGCAUAUUGAUCUGCUUACCAGCCCCAACAGCCUCUACUACGAGAUGUGGCACACUCAAAGCAGCCGGAUGCUGAACAGAAGCACCAGUGAGAGGUGGGAGGAGAGAAACAAUCACAUGUCCAAAGAGGAGGAAAGGAAGAAACUGCAAGAAGAAAUAAUCAACAGUGUGAAAGGCUGUGGGAAUUGCUCCUGCUGAGCCUGAGUCUAAAUCCACCCCCGGUUGAUGCCAAGUAAAGUUUGCACUGAAGCUGCAUUCAACCAAGUACAGAGUUGACGAGAUUUUGUUUGCUUUGGUUAGCGGGCUUUUCUCCAUGAAACCGGAUCUUGGUGGCCAAAGGAUUUUAUAUCUGCUUGUCAGUGAGGAUUAGUUAAAACUGCCCUGGACUGCCUCAUUAACACUCACAUUUAGUAAUAAUCUCAGACGAGCUGCAAAUCCACCUGGAAUUGUUUGCAACGUGGCAGAAAUGGCUAUAGCCCAGCCAGAAUCACAUUAUCUGGCAUUCACUGUUAAGAUGUUGCAUUCUAGUGCUGUUCCUCACUACUGCAGAGUUAAAGGUGUUUUUUAAUAUAUUGAUUUUAAGAGAAGCCAAUUAAAUCAAGUACAAAUAUUCAUGGGGGGAAAGGAUGCUGUUCAUAUUCUUUAGUUGUUGCAUUUGAUAGAAUUUGUAUCCUUUUAUAAAGGAGGCAUCGGGUUUGCAGUUCAAUGCAGAAACAUUUUUGCCUCAAUAUUUACUGGUUUCUCACAAAAGAAGUACAUAUUUCUGCAAGGACUAAAUUUUCAGUGUUAAGAACAGAAGAGAGCAUCUCAAAAUGUCCGGUGCGUCUUUCAAAGCAAAGCAGUAAAAGCUGGUUCAUCUCAGUUCUGUAAUCUUCCCAGAACGGCACAAGGAAAUGUUUCUAUUAAAUUCUAAUGAUAAUUCAAUACAAAUAUUGUUAGAAUUAUUGUCUUGCCAAUAAGUUGCUUUUCUGUAGCAAGGCACAGAGUGUCUUCAUUCCUCAGGCACUAUCCGGACUGCCUUUCAUUUGGGCCAAGUUAUGUCAAUAGGUAUCGAUGAAGGAAAUGUAUAGUUGGGAAAAGUAAUGUGUAAAAGUAACCCUGAUUAAAAAUAGCUAUCCGUUAGGCCCUUCAAUACAAAGAUGAAUAACUUUUGCUGUGCCCUGCAAAACAAACCCCUUUCAUAUGUGGUAAUAGGUCAAAGUGGGAAUUGGGGAUUCAUUCUUCAACUGGAUAAGUUGCUCUUUGAUGGCAUUAAUGGAAAAAGUUUUCCUUCCUUCCUUCCUUCCUUCCUUCCUUCCUUCCUUCCUUCCUUCCUUCCUUCCUUCCUUCCUUCCUUCCUUCCAGGCCACUGGAGGAAAAAAACAGUCAUUAUUAAAUUCCAAGAAUUGACGGUAUAAUUUAUCCUGCUUUCAGUGUUUAUUUUUCUUUUCAGUGUUUAUUUUUCUUUCCCAAAAUGAAAAUGCUUGUCUAUCUUAAUAGAAUAGAAUAGAAUUUUAUUGGCCAAGUGUGAUUGGACACACAAGGAAUUUGUCUUGGUGCAUAUGCUCUCAGUGUACAUAAAAGAAAAGAUACGUUCAUCAAGGUACAACAUUUACAACACAAUUGAUGAUCAAUAUAUCAAUAUAAAUCAUAAGGAUUGCCAGCAACAAGUUAUAGUCAUACAGUCAUAAGUGGAAAGAGAUGGGUGAUGGGAACUACGAAGACUAAGAGACUGGUAUAUACCUCCAGGCACCAUCUGUGCCUCCUUGGAGUGUUCAUGCUUCUUCCACCAGAGCUUCAUGAGCUGGCUGUCCUCCUUGUGGCCAUUGUUCCAGUGAAAGGUACACGUAUCCUGCACGCAUGGAGCGUGUGUGUAAAUGAGGCUCCAUAGCGCUGUGAUUUGUAAUUUAUCAGCUGUGUUCAAUGGUCAUUUGAAUAAAUACUUUUCAUCAGAACUACAACCAUUACAUCAUCUGUGUCAAGCCUGCUGAUCUUCUCCAUGCAAAUGUUGGAGGGCAAUUUGAACUGUGAUUGGUUCCUUGUAAAUUUGGUACAAUGAUCCUAGCAACUUUAGGCCUUAUUUCAGCAGUUUUAUAUCCAGAGUACCUUUUCAACAAAGUGAUAUCACUGCAAGCAUGCUCUAGGGUGAUGUCUAUCAACCUUGGCGACUUUAAGAUGGGUGGAUUUCAACCAUUAAAAAGCGAAAGUUAGAAUAUUUCAGAUGUGAUACAACAACCAGAAAAAUACACCAUACUUCACUUAAUCCUCCAGGGAAAGAUUGAAGGCAAACGAGAUCCAGGCAGAAGAAGAACAUCAUGGCUUCAAAAUCUAGGGGACUGGUUUGGACAAAACUCAGCAGCACUUUUUCAUGCGGCUGUUGAUAAAAAUAGGAUCGCCAACAUGAUCAGCAAUGUCCAAUGACGGAUAUGGCACAAGAAGAAGAAGAAGAAGGAUUUCAACUCCCUGAAUUCCCCAGCCAACCUGGCUUGCUCUUUGGGGAAUUGUGGGAGUUGUAGUCCAUCUAUCUUAAAGUUGCAGAGGUUGAGAAACGCUGUUCUACUGAAAAAGGAAGCAAGCAAUACUGUGACAUUCUUAGGUUUUGCCUUUGUGGAAUAAAGAUUUCUGUAAAAACGCUAAACAGGACCAAUUUUCCUUUUAGAGUAAUCAUUCCUAAUUUUCAAGUGUUUCUCUAGAUCUCAUAAUUUGUCCCUUCUGAAAUGAGCAGGGAAAUUGACUUCAAAGCCUUUUUUCUCUCUCUCUCAUUUAGAUAGACUACGGUGUGAAAUAAAGUCACAUUUUAUUACUGUCGAGCAGAGUUGCUCAUUCUUGGCAAGUUUAAGAUGGGUGUAUUUCAACUCCCAGAAUUUCCCGACAGCUAUGCUAUGCUGGCUGGGGAAUUCUGGGAGUUGAAGUCCACCCAUCUUAAAGGUUGGGAAACACUAAUGUAAGGCAAGAUUAAACAGCACUUUCGCACCAAUAUCUGUUCUGCAGCUGAUGGGAAUGUAACAUUCCCUGUGGCACUUUUCUGCCCUGAAUUAAAGACUGACUCCACAUACCAAGUUGAUUCUGAAUUUUUGGCUCAAACACAUUUGUCGCUGUCUACUUGUUUUUCAUUCCCUUUGCAGAUUCCUCUCCUCUGGGGAAGGUCAGGGUGGAGCAGAAAAGAGGAAGGGCCGCUCUUUUGGAAAUGGGCACUUCCCCUAAAGCCUGGAUUUAAGCAUUUGUUGGAAAUUAAAGCAAAAAUACUUUUUCCCCCCCAAUUUCACACUCCUGAUCCUAAGGAUCCAUACAUUUUAAUUACCUCAACUUGUAAAACAAAAUUUAGGAGGGCGUAUUUGAAGGGGAGGGAGAAAAUCUUAGUACUUGAAUUAUUAACUUAAGAUACAUGAAGUUUUUUACACUUCUAUUUUGAUUGGCAUUUAAAGGAAACGGGCAAAAAUUUAGGGUGCUCAAAUUGCUUUACAUUCAAGCAGAAAUGGGGGGGUGGGUUUGGAACAUGUGGGGGGGCUUCUUGUCUCCCAUUUGCAAAGCUCUUUACAGAAGCUGCAUUUUGUCUUGGGAUGAUGUGGCUGCUUUAAAGACUCACAACAUUGAAAGACUCACAUUCCAAGGAAUCUUUUGGUCCUCUAAUCCAGGGGUCUCCAACCUGUCUCCAAUUCCUCUGAGGAAUUCUGGGAGUUGAAAUCCACAAGUCUUAAAGUUGCCAAGAUUGGAGACCCCUGAUCUAAUCCGAUGGGCUGCAGAACCCAACAGGAGGCAAAUAAAUCUUCGAAACAGGAGUCUUUUUAGAUUAGAUUAACAGAGUUGGAAGGGACCUUGUAGGUCAUCUAGUCCAACCCCCCACCCAAGCAGGAGGCCUACACCAUUUCUGACAGAUGGUAGUCCAGUCUCUUCUUGAAAGCAUCCAGGAAUGAAGCUCUCACAACUUCCGAAGGGAACUUCUGUUCCAUUGGUUGAUUACUUUCACUGUCAGAAAAAUUCUCCUUAUAGAAGGUUGAAUCUCCUUGAUCAGUUUCCAUCUGUUAUUCCUUGUCUGGCCUUCGUGUGCUUUGGAACAUAGCUUGACCCCCUCCUCUCUGUGGCAGCCCCUCAAAUAUUGGAAGACUUGCUGUCAUGUCUCCCCUGGUUCCGUCUCUUCACUAGACUAGCCAGGCCCAGUUCCUGCAACUGUUCAUUGUACCUUUUAGCCUCCAGUUCCCUAAUCAUCCUGGUUACUGUUCUCUGCACUCUUUCUAGAGUCUCAACAUCUUUUUUAUAGUGUAGUAACCAAAACUGGAUUUUCGACAGUCUUUUAUGUAGUUUUUAAAAAAUAUGUACAUUUGAUAGAUUUUAUUAGCAUAAUAUUUCAUUUACGACGUAUCAGUAUGUACUUUGGCAUCGUAGCUUCUGGUAUGGACAUACUGAUAGCAAGAUGACAAUUUGAUUUUUUCUAGUCUGUGAUCUUUUGGUACGGUAAUUGCAUGUUGCAAAAUGGCUUCAUGCUAAGAAUGUGCUAAUUUUCUUUUAUAAAACAUGAUGAAGUUCUUAAGAGACAUUGGUAACUGCCAUUGACUAUUCAGUUCUCUUGUGGCCUUCAGUCAGUGGCUGGACGUUUUGCCACAGAUCAACCAAGUCAAUAAAGUUGUGAUUUUUUAAACUAAUCUCAGAAUAAAACUGUUGAGCCUAUUGAAGGGGAAUUCAAGGAAAUAUGGACUGUGUUGUGAGAAGGAUUUCUCACUCAGCAUGAACAUUUUUUCAUUGGGAGUACAUAGUUGUGGAUGUUACCUGAGAGCUAUAAAGAAGACCUGUAUUCAGGUGAAUGUAUUUUUUACUGGCAAACAAAUGUGAGAAUGUCUGAUCCUGAAGUCUUUCCUUGAUAUUAUCCGAUGGAAAAUUUUGGUCAUUGCACAGCACCGGAGCAUUUCUCAUGUUUCUACAUGCUGACUUGAAGACAUUCAUUUAAUAAUUGCUCUCAAUUUCUUAUAACAUCUUAGUUAUGUACUGCAGCCGUUUCUCAACCUCAGCCAUAGCUGGCUGGGGGAUUUUGGGAGUUGAAGUCCACCCCACCCCACCCCAAAUGUUGCAGAGGUUGGGAAACACUGAGGUAAUGCCUUAGCAGGUUCCAUUUUACAAUUUCUGAACAGAUUUCAGUGAACAGAGAACAAGAUGGAAUUAGCAGGAAACAGUGUGGAGAGCCAGCUCGAUUGGCUGUGUGUACGAUUUCAUAUUUCUCUGCAGAUUCACUUGGCUUCUCUUCCUGAGUGCGCAUUUUGAGGAGUGGAACGCUAAUUGUACUAACAAAAAUUAUUUUGAAAUUCAGAUGUUUUACAUUUUAUUUAGACCUUUAAUUCCCUUCACUAGUGUAAAUAUAACUUGGGCAGAGCAAAUAACCAAUUUCCAAGCCACAAAAUAAAAAAUCAAAAAAACAACAACCCAGAAGCCACCCCAGUGAAAGUAUUGUAUAUAAGAUGUCUAUUAUGAAGUCUUCUUAACGUAAUUCAUGUUUAAUGUGUGUAAAUAAUUAUUACUGGAAUAAAUGAUGAACUGCUUUUUGAAUAGAAAUGGGUGUCCUGUUUAA